UCAAUUAAAGUUAGAUUGAAUAACAAAAGUCACAAAAUCACCAACAAUAAUACUCCAAUAUUCACUACAACUCUCUCUCUCUCCUCUGUUCUCCAAUACACUUGAAUACCCUACCAACUCUUCUUUACGGCCAACAUAAAACAACCAUUCUUCUCUUACUUUUCUCUCUCUCAAAUCUCAAUCUAUCCCUUUUUCUCUCUCUAAAAUCUCAAUCUAUUACCGCAGAAGAACUGAAAAUCUAAAAUGGCUGACAACAAGGUGAAUCCGAUUGACAACGCAAUGGGUCUGCUUCGUCUUCGUGUCGUUCGUGGUAUUAAUCUUGCUAUUCGUGAUGUUAAGAGUAGUGAUCCUUAUGUCGUUGUUCGUCUUGGCAAACAGAAACUCAAGACUCGUAUCAUUAAGAAAUCUCUUAAUCCGGAGUGGAAUGAAGAUCUAACUCUCUGUGUUACGGAUCCCAAUGAAUCAAUUAAAUUUUUUGUUUACGACCAUGACGUAUUCUCCUUGGAUGACAAAAUGGGAGACGCAGAGUUUGAUAUCAAGCCAUUUUUGGAAGCAGUGAAGAUGAAUCUUCAAGGUGUUCCAGAUGGAAUAGUCGUCACAAAAGUUAAACCAGACAGGGAAAACUGCAUUGCAGAAGAAAGCUCGAUUGUUUGGAAAGAUGGUAAAGUUACUCAAAACAUGUUUCUCAGACUUAGAAAUGUUGAGUGUGGUGAGAUCGAGCUCCAAGUUCAGUGGAUUGAUCUUCCCCGUUCUUGAUUAAUUUCCUAGCUAGUCUAGUCUGUUAUUUGUACAUAUAGCAAACUCAUCAACAUAUUAUUGGGGUUUUUUGGAUCUCAUGUAUGAGAGAGUUUCGAAUCUAGGAUGCAUAAAAACAUGCAAUAGUUUCAUUAGUACUAUUUUGAUUUUAAUGUAGCUGAUUAAAUUUUGUAUGUGAGACUUUUAAUGUUACUAUUUGAAGAUUGUUAAUUAUCUAGAA